AUGACAUAUCAUCGGUGUGGAUCAAACGAGGAAGGCUCUGUUCGGCGUAAUCGGCUCUACAUGAUGUCUGAAGACGAUCGAGAGAACCAUUUGGACACAGAGAGUACACAGAUUUUGGGCGAUUGGGUUUUUCCCCAAGAAGUCGAAACGGAAAGAGGUUCAAGCAGAGGAGGCAGGGUGCUGCCGCCGUGGAUUGACCCGUCGUACGAAUGGGGCGGUGGGAAAUGGAAAGAGGACGGAAGAAAGAAGAAGAAGAAGAAGGAGGAGAAGAAAGAGAGUGAAGGAGCUUCUGAUUUGAGCCUUGAGGAUCUGAUGGAUGAAUAUUCCUCUCUGCCCCCUCAAAUUGCUGAAUGGUUUUGGUGUAUCGAAUAUGUCGCCAAAUUCGUUAAGGAUCUACGCUGCAUACUCGAUUUGAUGAACAUGGGCUAUCCCUGCACAAAUGACUACGGGAGGAGGAUCAGUGAAGUCCUGUCUCUGAGAGUCUUGGAGUUUAUGUUUGGUCCAAGCAAGAAUGAUGCUACUGGGGUCGGUGUUGAUGAGUCAAGAGUUGAGUUUGAUUUGUCCUUGAGCAACACAGAUGUUCUCAAUGCCAUCUGUAAAGAUCUGAGAGAUGUGAGUUUAAUGGAGAAUGAAACAACAGCAGCUCCUCCCACGGAAGAAAAUGACCCUGUUUUUAGAGAUGAGGACGAUCGAAUGCAGACCAAUGAGAAAGAUGAAGUAAAUGUGAUAGAUGAGCAGCAGCAAGUGUAUAUUGGUGCAGAGCAAACGAAUAUAAACGACAGGGAUGAAGUAACUGUCAUCAACGAUGAGGACGAUCAAAUGCAGACCAAUGAGAAAGAUGUGAUAGAUGGUGAACCCAUUCACAUCAGUAUCACUAAUGAAAGAAGAAGGAGAAGGAGAAGGGCAGAGGAUGCACGUGUAAAAUGUACAAAAGAUGGAACCUGGUUAAUCAGUGGGAGCGAUGAUGAGUCAGAAGAUAUGGUCAAAGGUCCGCCGCAGAACAUUCCUUCAAGAGCCGAGAAUGUAUGCUGGAAAUGUGAGAAAGAAGGAAGGUUGUUGUUGGUAUGUAGCAGAAGCGAGUGUGCAGCAAAAGUCCACAGAGAAUGCUUGAAUUGUCCGGUUAACAUUGACGAAGACGGGAGCUUUCACUGCCCUUUGUGCUGGUACAGUAGAGUCACCAUGGAGUACCUUGACUCUCACAAGUUGAUGAGCUGUGCGAAGACAAGACUCGUCAAGUUUUUACCGCUACUUUCCAGGGCGAGCAAUAGACUUGGAUGA